AUGAAUACAAUUUCAUUAUUAAGAUCUACAGAGAAUGGAAUUGAGGUUACUGGUACAAGUGGUGUUGCUGCUUCAAUCGGAUUCUAUUAUUACCUAAAAUAUUAUUGUAAUGGUCAGCGCACAUGGGCAGGUCAACAAACAGAGCUGCCUCCAACUCUCCCAGUUAUAACCACUCCCAUCAAAAUUACCACCAAUGACAAGUUCCGUUAUUAUCAGAACGUUUGCACAGUCAGUUAUACAAUGGCAUUCUGGCAAUGGCCACGUUGGGAACAAGAAAUAGAUUGGAUGGCUAUGCAAGGAAUUAAUUUGCCUCUUGCAUUUACAGGCCAAGAGGCUAUUUUUCAAAGGGUUUAUAUGAAUAUGGGAUUCACACAAACUGAUAUGGAUGGAUUUUUUGGUGGUCCAGCUUUCUCGCUUGGUAUGACUAGAAUGGGUAACAUUCAAGGAUGGGGAGGUCCACUCCCACAGAUGUGGAUAACCAAUAAGUUAAUUUUACAACAUCAGAUACUUGAGCGCAUGAGGUCAUUUGGAAUGAUACCUGUGUUACCUGCAUUUGCUGGACAUGUGCCCAGUGGAAUAACAAGAAUUCUCCCACAAGCAAAAGUUAGCCGUCUUCCAACAUGGAGUAAUUUUAAUGAAACAUAUUCAGCAACUUACCUUUUGGAUUUUCAAGAUCCUUUGUUCACCAAUAUCAGCAAAGCUUUCAUUGAAGCUCAAGCCAAUGAGUUUGGUACAGAUCACAUCUACAAUGCUGAUACUUUUAAUGAGAUGACUCCAACAUCCAGUGAUCCUACAUACAUUAGCAAUGCUGGAAAAGCUGUUUACUAUGGGAUGCUGGCUGGUGACCCACAAGCUGUUUGGUUAAUGCAGGGAUGGCUGUUUUAUGAUCCCUACUGGACACCAACCCUUGUCAAAGCUCUUGUCACCUCAGUACCACAGGAACGGUUGAUUGUGUUGGACUUAGAUUCAGAGAAUGGACCCCUGUAUCAAAAUUUUGAAUCUUACUACGGUCAGCCGUUUAUAUGGUGUAUGUUGCAUAACUUUGGAGUUAUAUGGUGCUCUAGAUCUGUUUACCCAAAGGUGGCUGGUGCCAGCCUAGUAGAUCUUCUAGCAGACUUGGACCACCUGCUUUCAGCCAAUGAACGUUUUCUUCUGGGGACCUGGAUAGCUGAUGCCAGGUCAUGGGCUACAGAUGCUGAUGAGUCAAAGUUGUAUGAAUAUAAUGCUCGCAACCAAAUAACACUGUGGGGGCCCACGGCGCAGAUUUGUGACUAAGCAUCUAAAUAAUGGGGAGGAGUAACAGCAGAUUUUUACAAGCCGAGAUUUGAAUUCUUUGCUGAUUGGCUAGCUCAGCUUAUACAAAAUGGAACAGCUUGGGAUGGCAAUGUGUUCUCUAAGGCCAUCAUGGCACAAGUAGAGGCUCCCUGGACCUUACAACAGUACCAGUACCCAACAACACCUACAGGAAACCCAAUCUUAAUCUCCAUGUACUUCCACUCCAAGUAUAGACCCAUGACCAAAGAUCCAUUUUUUACCAAGCUCUGGCAAGAGUCACAGGUGAAAAAAGGUGGAAAAUACAAGAAUCCUUAUGAGCGGAAAAUGGCAAAGCUUUCUGGAAAAUAUAGAUUCUGAAAUAUUUCAUUUUAAUACAGG